AUGGUUUUCCCACAAAUUCUCUUCGCCGCAAUGGCAAUCACUUCCGCCAUACUGGCAUUAUUUCUCGCACCUUUAUUCUUUGACAGAAUGGGCUUGCGUUUCCCCUUCGCGCCGCCACUUCCCCCUCCGCCUCCUCCACCACCUACUCGCCGCCCUCGCCGCCGCCGCCGACCCCGCCACAUCCACCACAUCCACCACAUCCACCACAUCCACCACAUCCACCACAUCCGCCUGGCCCACGAUCCUCCUUUUGCAGAAGGCUCAACGGAGCUCCGUGAGCUUCAACGGAUUCGUGUCGAAACCCGAAUAAUUCGAAUCUGCUCCGAGAUCAUCGGAAUGAUGGCCAUUCGAAACAACGCCAAUUCGGAAGCAGAAGCCCGCCAAUACAGCGAUGAGUUCGAGAGACUCACCCGCGAUGAUCCCAUCGGUGACGAGUAA